AUGCUCCAACCAUCCAUCUUACCCGCGAUCGCACAUCAAUUCAGCUACACCUCGAAGAUAAACCAUGAUUUGCUUAAUUUAUCAAAUACUUGUACCCGCCUUCGAAUCAUUGUGGGAAGACUCGUUUUUGGGUUUGUAUCAUUGGUGAGAUAUAAUGAAUGGCAAAGUAAUCGAAUGGUGAGGAAUGGGAAAAUAGCAAAGAAAAUGGGUGAUAAAUUGAUUCUUGGCCAUUGGCAUCAAGGCGAAAGUUUCCACAGCUUAUUAAAGAAUCCCAUUGAUCUUAGUAUUGGUACCUGGACCACCAGUUUUUUCCCGCAAAUUGAGUUCCUAGAAUGUACCAUUGACCAAUACUUAUUUAUUCCCGCUCUUGCACUUCAGAACUUAAAAAGCGUCAAGCUCUUCAAUAUUCCAAGUUUAACCAAAACCAAGGCUGAGUUAUCAGAAUUACUUCCCAAGGUAUCCUGUGAAGAAUAUGAUAUAUCCAAGAAAAUUGGUAUCGAGUAUCUAUGCAUUCCUUUGGACUGUGAACCUGACAUGGUAUCAAAAUUGUUGAAAACUAUGAGAUUCGACAGAUUGGAUAGAUUGGAUAUGUUAUUGGACUAUUCAAAUAUAGUAGUGGGGUGUAAUGGGAACAAGAACUUGGAAAUGAUCAGAUCCCAGUAUCUAUAUGACACUCGACAAUCACUCUCGUCUGCUGCAAAGAAAAAAAGUGACACGAUGGCAGGAAUUAAAGAAAUAAAUAUCGUUAGUAAGGGGUUUUCAUUAAUGCCACUACUGUGCCGAGUGAUGAAAUUCAUCACUUCAAUGGGCUCAGAAAGCUUGCAAAGGCUUGUAUUCAGAACCGCGGAUGGCGGAUCAUUGCAUCCCGGCCACAGCAAUAGCUCUGCAAAUCAAGCUGAGAUCAUUGGAGAUUAUGGAGUGAAAUUUUUCGAAGAAAUGUUAUAUACCUUACCAAAAAUGAGAAAGCUAACCAUGGAAUUGGAUGUUAUCAAGGGAUUUGGUUACACUAAUAGAGAAAGUAUUCUUGGAAUUAGAGAUGCAUUUCUACGUAAAAAGGUGAAUGAGCCAUCAGAGUUAUUUACCUUUGAAUUGAUUUACGGAUCAACUCUUGUUGUCCCCAUGAUGGCACUAAUGCAUCAGAAAAAUUCUAAUCCAAUUAUUGAGCUUUUGAAAUCAUUACCUUCGCAAAAUUUGAAAUUGAUAUUCAAUUACCAAAAGCAAAUUGAGCUGGUUUUUCAAAUCGCACAAUUGGUGAUGUUGGAUCUCAUCCAUAAUUUGGAGCUUUCCCAAUUAGAGGAUCUUGAACGAAAAAGAAAAGAUGAUGGGAUAGUCGUGGCUGAGAAGAGGCCAUUCUUUACAAGAAUUUCACAAUUGCAAUUGAAUUGGGCCUGGUCAACUGUUGAUUCCUAUAUUCUUGCUAGUCAUGACUCCAAAAUGUCGGAAUAUGCAGAACAUCAAGGAAGAACUUAUCCUAUUAAAGUUCCAAGGUAUGGCCGAGUUGGGGACUGUUCUCCCGAUUUUCGAAUAUUUGAACUUUAUGAGAUAGAGUAUACUGAGCCUAUAUCACUGAUAAACACCGAGGCCUGCUUUGAGAAUACCAGAAGUAGAAUGGAAAGAAGGGUACUUCAAGAAUACAGUGGUAAUGAUAGUGUUGCUUCUCUCAAGGCGAUUUCUAAUGUCCAACCAGCACCAACUCCAACGGGACGCUCUUUGGUAAAACACGUCUAUGAUAUGAAGGUCCAUGAAAUGCAAGCGAUGAUAAGGUUGGGUAUCAAGCAGGAUCGAGAAUUUUGGAGCAACGAAUUGGCGAAAUUGGAUUUGGAAGAGUAUAGUAAGCCCACGGUGUUGCUGGCGUUGUGGGACUGA